AUGGCACACAAAGAUGAGAUACAACAUCAGAUUAUGAAGAAAAUAAAUCCUAUGUUCUUGGCAUUAUCGGAAACUAGACUGAUUGAUGAUAUCGAAGACAGUGAAGUGAACGUCCCGGGUUAUAGUAUAGUUAGAUGUAAUGCUGAGAAUAGAAAUACGGGAGGAGUUGUUCUAUAUGUAAGGAGCGAAAUUAAAUACGAGAUAGUAUUAGUAAAAAAAUUAGAAUCGAAUUGUUGGUGUGCUGCGAUAGAAGUGAAAGAUAAAGUAUAUAAAGGAGUGAUAAUGGUAAUAUAUCACUCACCGAGUGCAUCGCACGGGGAUUUCAUGAGAUUCUAUGAGGAAAUAGUGGAGGAGUUGGUAGUAAAGGGAGAAUGCAUAGUUAUAGGAGAUUUUAAUAUAGAUCUUAGGAUGGAUUCGUUUUAUGCGAAGAAAUUGCAAGCAACAAUGUUAAGCUUGGGUAUGAAACAGUAUGUUAACGAACCGACGAGAAUUACGAAAGACAGUCAGACAAUUAUAGAUUUAAUCUUCGCUAAUAAUGAUAAAAUAGUACAAGUAAUUCAUGAACCUAAAAUAACGGAUCACGCGUGGCUGAAAGUUGAGAUGAAUGUCAGCAAAAUUGAAAGUAAAUAUAGAGAAUUUAUUGUUAGAAAUUAUAAAGAGUUUGAUGUAAAUGAAUUUGCUAUAUUAGUGAAAAAUAAACUACAGAAAAGUCAGGGAUGUCAAUGUGAACGUAUGGAUGUCAGUGAGAGAGCGAAACAACUUAUCGAUAGUAUAGUGGAUGCGUUAGAUGUAAUGGCACCGAAGAAAAAAUAUAGAAUUCCGAAAGUAUGGGAAGGGAAAAAGUGGUUUUCAGAUGACAUAAGAGAGGCUGCGGAUAGAAGAGAUAAGGCUUAUAGAAGAGCAUUGUAUGAUGAUAUUGAACAAAAUUGGGAGAAGAAGAAAGAUUACUAUGAAAAUAUGAUAGAUCUUAAUAAAGAAAACCCUACAUCUAUGUGGAAAACAUUGAAGGAAAUAAUUAGUGGUGAACCAGUAGGUAUAAAAGAAGUAGGAAAUAUAGAUUUUGAAAUCUUAGGCGACACCGAAGAGUGCAAUAUAGCUGAUAAAUUUAAUUUAUAUUAUAUACAAAGUAUUAAUAACAUAGUAAACUCUAUAAAGAUCGAUAAAUCCGGUGGUGAUAUAAUUGAUCAUUGGAUGAAUGUAAAUAAGAAAACUAUUUAUAUUAUCAAAAACAAAAGAAUUAUGGAAAACUUUGAGACUGUUAAACUAGAACAGCUAGAAAAAGUUGUUAUGGGAUUGCCAAAAAAGAAAGGUACGGAAGAAGGGAUAACCAGCGAUAUUGAAGACAGUUUUAUCGGUUUGUGUCCGGAAGGAUGGAAAACCUCGACGAUAAUACCAAUCUCAAAGAUAGAUAAAGCGGAAAAAGCGAGUGAUUAUAGGCCUAUUAAUAUGUUAUCAAUAUUUGAGAAAGUGUUAGAAUUAAUAGUUAAAGAACAACUUGAAAUGUACUUGGAAAUUAACGAUAUUAUAACAGAACAUCAGUCGGGGUUUAGAAAAUACUAUUCGUGCGAAACAGCGAUCCAAACUGUCAUUGAUGAAUGGAAAUUAAUAGUAAGUGAUAAAAAAAUGGUAGGAGUAAUUUUUGUGGACCUUAAGAGAGCGUUUGAAACAAUAGAUAGAGAAAGAUUAUUAGAAAAAAUGUAUUAUUAUGGAAUUAGAGGAAUGGCUUUGGAAUGGUUCAAAUCAUAUUUAAAUAAUAGGAAACAGCAAGUGCGAGUCAAUCAUGCGUGGUCUGAAAUAUUGACAACAGAGUACGGAGUGCCACAAGGUUCGACAAUCAUAGCUCCUCACUUUGAGUAUUGCGCGAUGCUAUUAAUAGGCAUGGGGGAGACACAGAUAACCCAAUUGCAGAAGGUACAAAACAGAGCUAUGAGAGUAAUACUUCAAUGUGAUAGAUACACCAAAGUGGAUGACAUGCUAGAAGCGUUGCAGUUUAUGUCAAUAUUAAAUGGUUUGCUGCCAACUCAAUUAAGGAAUAGGUUGCAGAUAGUAGGGAAGGAAUGUGAUAGGGAAACAAGACAAGCGGGUAGUAUUGAACUGCAGUUUAGGAAUACAAUUGCUGCUCAGGCAGGUCAUGUGCCAUCGAUCGGAACAAGUGAUAAUCCGAAGGGGCAAUGUCUGGUGAAUACGGCGGGUGGAGUAGGACUUCCUAAUUGA